UUCUGGCAGAAGAUGUCCACAGCAGCAGACACACCGGCAGCAGGAAGGCAGGCAGCUCCUGCACGAACCAAGCAAACUUCACAUUGACUGGAAAGCCCCUGCCUGUGGAGUAUCGUCCGUACGGCACGUUCUGAGAAAGCAAAGCCACAAAUGUGAAGGCUGCCAUUAGAAGCAUGACGUAAGCCAUGCAGUCCAACACACACUGCUCCUUCUCUUCCGAAGAGAAGAUUGCCGAAAGAAGACUGUCCAUUACGGCGAUGACAGGGGAGAAAGAAACAAUAGUAAACAAAAAAAGUGAGCCUCAAGGAGAAAGUAGUUCGAUUGAAGAAGGUGGUUCUAUGCCGGCGACAACCAAUCAUAUCGCUUGUUCAUAUGUAGCGUCUCAUCUCAUCAGCCAAUCACAUUGUGCGGUGUUACCACUACCCUUUUAACACGCUUUUACACGCCGUCAUUUAAUAAUUGCAACGUUAACUACAAGAGAAAACACCAUUGUUAAAAAAAGGAACAUGGCAAUUACACGUAUAUUACACGUCUUUGUAUUUUUAUGAAAAGUUUACCAGUCCACAUUUGCCGUGUGUCUAAGGAUUUGCCUGUCCAUAAACGCAAACCCAUUUCUCGUGGGCGUGCAAAACUAAACAUAGAUACUCCUCGAAUAGAACUAGUAGUUUCUGUUUGGCCACCCACUGUUGAUAAGAAUAAAAACAUGUUUUAGGCGUUACUAUAUUCCCGCACGCUGUGCUGUAUUUAUUACAGGCACACUUAGAGGCGGCUUCGACUGGUCCUAAUCCACAUGCGUCAGAUGCUUGGGGGAUAAAAGUUCAUUUUAGCCGCUACUGCUGCUUCACCUCCUCGCCCAGGUGUGCUCACCUUUAUGUUGUGUCCUCUAAACACAACAGUCAUCCGUGUGACAUCUCCCAAAGGCGUGCGCUUCUCCAGAAUGGGCAAAAGAAGCAGACAGAGGCAGAAGAACCCACCUCCAGCAGGCAGAGACCACAGAGACAUGCCAGGCUGGGGUGCCGGUUACGCUGACAUUGUGAAGGAAAACAAGCUGUUUGAGCACUACUACCAGGAGCAGGGCUUGGUGCCGGAUGGAGAAUUUGAGCAUUUUAUGGCCGCCAUGAGAGAACCGCUGCCAGUCACCAUCCGCAUCACUGGAUACAAGAGCCACGCCAAGGAGAUCCUGCAUUGUCUGAAGGACAAGUACUUUAAGGAGCUGGAGAUUGACGGGCAGAAGAUUGAAGCGCCGCAGCCUCUCAGCUGGUAUCCUGACGAGCAGGCCUGGCACACCAACCUGAGCCGGAAGGUCAUUCGCAAGUCUCCCCUGCUGGAGAAGUUCCACCAGUUUCUUGUGAGCGAGACCGAGUCGGGUAACAUCAGCCGCCAGGAAGCCGUCAGUAUGAUUCCUCCUAUCCUGCUGAAGAUUGAGUCUCACCACAAAAUCCUGGACAUGUGUGCAGCCCCUGGGUCCAAGACAGCCCAGCUCAUUGAGAUGCUGCAUGCUGACAUGGAAGUGCCCUUUCCAGAGGGCUUCGUCAUCGCCAACGACGUGGACAACAAGCGCUGCUACCUGCUGGUGCACCAGACCAAGCGCCUCAACAGCCCGUGCAUCGUGGUGGUCAACCACGACGCCUCCUGCAUCCCCACGCUGCGCAUCCAGACGCACGGGAAGAAGGACGUCCUCUUCUACGACCGCAUCCUGUGUGACGUACCCUGCAGCGGGGACGGCACCAUGAGGAAGAACAUCGACGUGUGGAAGAAGUGGACCACCAGCAACAGCCUGCACCUUCACGGCCUCCAGCUGCGUAUAGCGGUGCAUGGUGUGGAGCAGCUGGCUGUGGGGGGGAGGAUGGUCUACUCCACCUGUUCACUCAACCCCAUUGAGGACGAAGCUGUCAUAGCGGCGCUAUUGGAGAAGAGUGAAGGAGCACUGGAGCUUGUGGACUGCUCUUCAGACCUGCCAGGCUUGAAGUGGAUGCCCGGCGUCACUUCCUGGAAGCUGAUGACCAAAGAGGGCAAGUGGUACCCUGACUGGUCGGCGGUUCCGAGCUGCCGGCACACUCAAAUCCGACCCACCAUGUUCCCGCCCACUGACGCCCAGAAACUGGCCGGCAUGCAUCUGGAGAGAUGCAUGAGGAUUUUGCCUCAUCACCAGAACACAGGAGGUUUCUUUGUGGCCGUGUUGAUGAAGAAAGCCUCCAUGCCCUGGAACAGAAGAUACCCCAAGCUGGGGAGAGACGCCCCGUCUGGCACCGAGGCCCAAACACAGAGCUCCCCGGGGGCCCCUGCACCGACUCCCUGCCUAUCCGAGAGUGUCGCCGCAGACGGAGAGGAGCGGGAGGAAGACGGCGCCGAGGGCACAGUAGACGGGGACGCCCAGGAGGGAGCAACCAAAGAUCAGGAGAAGAGUGACAAGCAAGAUGGCGUGUGUGGGCCUCCACCGUCCAAGAAGGUGAAACUGUUUGGCUACAAAGAAGAUCCUUUUGUGUUCCUAAGUGAAGAUGAUCCCAUCUUCACCUCCAUGCAAUCUUUCUACGAUUUGUCCGCGGACUUCCCCAAGCUGAACGUCCUGAGCAGAACCCACGAGGGCAAGAAGAGACACUUGUACAUGGUGUCCAAGGAGCUGCGCAACGUGCUGGUCAACAACUGCGAGCGCAUGAAGGUGAUAAACACAGGUGUGAAAGUGUGGUCUCGCAACAGUGAUGGAGAAGAGUUUGGUUGUGCCUUUAGAGUGGCUCAAGAGGGCAUCUACACUCUGCAGCCGUACAUUCGCUCCAGGAUCAUCACGGUGAGCGUGGAGGACGUGAAGGUGCUGCUGACUCAGGAGAAUCCCUUCCUCAGCAAGCUGGAGGAGCACGCCCACGCUCAAGCCAAGACAAUGGACAUGGGCAGCAUCGUCUUGAAGUACAUCCCCGACCCCCAGAAGCCCUCGGAGCCUCAGUGUCCCAUCCGGCUGUGCGGCUGGAGGGGGAAGACGUCCAUCCGAGCCUUCGUGGCCCGAAAUGAGCGGUACCACUACCUGCGCAUGCUGGGCGUGGAGGUGUUCAGGGACAAGCAGGGCGCGGCACACAAAGCUCCAGAGGACCACAACCCAGCAGAGCAGGAUGACUCGGCCACAAAGAUGGAGGAGAGCAGCGGCUGAGAAGGAUGAAAGACACACGGAGCGUGAGAACAUUUUCUUUACACGCAAGCUUCCAAAACAAAACAUUUUUGCUUUCCAUGCCUCCAGGAGGAUAACUUUUUUUUUUUUUUUUUUAUUGAACGGCUUCUGAAUUUGCUUGAAUCAUAGUAUUAUAACUUUACUUUCAGUUUUUAAAGUUUUAUAUUAAGUCUCAUCUCGUUUUGUACACCUGUAUAGAAAACAAUAAAGGUGUGGACAAAUAUUUA